AUGAAGGGUUCACUUUAUUCUGGAAGCAGGCCUUCAACCCCAUCCCAUUCCUCACAUCAGAAUUCUGUCUCUCCACCACAGGAGAUGGUUAUGGAGGAUGUCGUGGACCAGGCAGAAUCCGUAAUCAAGAGAUGGGAUGUCGACCAUCACGAAUUCUCACCCGUCUUUUCCGGCAACAGAAAGGAGGCCGCUCUCCUUCUCGAGGCGGUGGCCGGCCUCCAGAGCGCCAUGCACUACUACGUUAACCUCACACCCAACUCUCACAAACUCAUCACAGCCCAAAAGCUAAUGAGGAUCGCCAUCAAGAGACUUGAGAAGGAGUUUUACGUCAUUUUAUCUUCCAACAGGAAGAAUCUCGACUCCGAAUCCGUCUCCACCCACUCAUCCACUUCUACGCUUUCUGACCUUUUUGAGGAUGACAUUUCCAACUCGGUCGAGCAAACUUCGGAUAUGGCCAUGGCGGAUCUCAAGAGCAUUGCCAACUGUAUGAUUGGUUCCGGAUACGGUAAAGAAUGCGUCCGCAUUUACACACUAAUACGGAGAUCGAUAGUCGAUGAGACGCUAUACUAUUUGGGGGUCGACAAAUUGAGCCACUCUAAGAUACAGAAAAUGGACUGGGACCUUCUCGAAACCAAAAUUAAGUCCUGGCUGCACGCCCUGCGGGUCGCCGUCAAAACUCUCUUCCACGGUGAGAGGAUCCUCUGCGACGUCGUUUUCUCUUGCUCGGAGAGAAUUUCCGAGUCGACCUUCGCAGCCAUCUCCACAGACGCCGCCGUGACUCUUUUCGGCUUCGCCACGAAUUUAUAG